AUGAUGGUGGACAAUGUCGGAGGCAGUUCCUCUAAUCCUGAAAACAGUGGCAUCAGGGAACAAGACCGUUUGUUGCCAAUAGCCAAUGUUGGGAGGAUCAUGAAGCAGAUUCUGCCUCCUAAUGCAAAAAUCUCAAAGGAAUCAAAGGAAACAAUGCAAGAAUGUGUGUCGGAGUUUAUAAGCUUUGUGACGAGUGAGGCAUCAGAGAAGUGCAGAAAGGAGAGGAGGAAGACCGUGAACGGAGACGAUAUAUGCUGGGCCUUAGCUUCCCUUGGUUUUGAUGACUAUGCAGACCCAUUGAGAAGGUAUUUGCACAGAUAUAGAGAACUAGAACUAGAUAGAACAGCCAUCCAAGAGAGAGGAAAUAGCCCCUCUAAAGACAAGGAUGCUGAAUUCUGA